AUGAAGGGAAUCGUCCUAGCACUUUUGCUCGCAUUAGCGGGCUCUGAAAGAACUCACAUAGAGCCUGUGUUCAGUGAAAGCAAGAUAUCUGUGUAUAACUAUGAAGCUGUCAUACUGAAUGGAUUUCCUGAAAGUGGUUUGUCCCGGGCUGGUAUUAAAAUUAACUGCAAAGUUGAGAUCAGCGCCUAUGCUCAGAGGUCAUACUUCCUAAAGAUCCAGUCCCCAGAAAUAAAGGAGUACAAUGGUGUCUGGCCCAAAGACCCGUUCACUCGAUCCUCAAAGCUGACUCAAGCUCUUGCAGAACAGCUCACCAAACCAGCAAGGUUUGAAUACAGCAAUGGGCGAGUUGGAGACAUUUUUGUUGCUGAUGACGUUUCUGAUACUGUCGCAAAUAUCUAUAGAGGAAUUCUGAAUCUGCUGCAGGUCACCAUAAAGAAAUCCCAGGAUGUGUAUGACCUUCAAGAGUCUAGUGUUGGUGGCAUCUGUCACACAAGAUAUGUGAUUCAAGAAGACAAGAGAGGAGACCAGAUUAGAAUAAUCAAGUCUACAGACUUCAAUAAUUGUCAAGACAAAGUGUCCAAAACCAUUGGUCUUGAGUUGGCCGAAUUCUGCCACUCUUGUAAACAGCUGAAUAGAGUCAUACAAGGGGCUGCAACUUACACAUAUAAACUGAAGGGCAGAGAUCAGGGUACUGUUAUCAUGGAAGUCACAGCUCGACAGGUCCUCCAAGUUACGCCAUUUGCUGAACGCCAUGGAGCUGCUACAAUGGAAUCAAGGCAAGUACUUGCAUGGGUUGGAAGCAAAAGUGGCCAACUGACUCCUCCCCAAAUUCAGCUUAAGAACCGUGGAAACCUUCACUAUCAGUUUGCAUCAGAACUGCACCAAAUGCCAAUCCAUUUAAUGAAGACCAAGAGCCCAGAAGCUCAGGCAGUGGAAGUCUUGCAGCACCUGGUACAGGACACACAGCAGCAUAUACGUGAAGAUGCCCCAGCCAAGUUCCUCCAACUAGUCCAGCUUCUGCGUGCGUCCAACUUUGAAAAUCUUCAGGCACUUUGGAAACAGUUUGCACAAAGAACUCAGUAUAGACGCUGUUUGCUUGAUGCUCUCCCUAUGGCUGGUACAGUGGAUUGUCUGAAGUUCAUCAAACAACUUAUUCAUAAUGAGGAGCUGACUACUCAGGAGGCAGCAGUUCUAAUUACCUUUGCAAUGCGUUCUGCUAGGCCAGGCCAGCGGAACUUCCAGAUCUCUGCUGAUUUAGUACAAGAUUCAAAAGUACAGAAAUAUUCCACAGUACACAAAGCUGCUAUCCUUGCCUACGGAACCAUGGUGAGAAGGUACUGUGAUCAGUUAUCAAGCUGCCCUGAACAUGCACUGGAGCCCCUUCACGAAUUAGCUGCUGAAGCUGCCAACAAAGGCCACUAUGAAGACAUUGCUCUGGCUCUGAAAGCUCUAGGUAAUGCUGGACAGCCUGAAAGUAUUAAGCGGAUCCAGAAAUUCCUGCCCGGAUUUUCCUCCAGUGCUGAUCAACUUCCUGUCAGAAUUCAGACUGAUGCUGUGAUGGCCCUGAGGAACAUAGCCAAGGAAGACCCGCGUAAAGUUCAAGAAAUCCUUCUUCAGAUUUUCAUGGACCGCGAUGUUCGCACUGAAGUUCGUAUGAUGGCAUGUUUGGCUUUGUUUGAGACUAGGCCUGGUCUGGCAACAGUGACUGCCAUUGCAAAUGUGGCAGCAAGAGAGAGCAAAACCAACCUUCAGCUUGCAAGCUUCACCUUCUCCCAAAUGAAGGCACUAUCAAAAAGCAGUGUACCUCACCUGGAACCACUGGCGGCGGCAUGCAGUGUUGCUCUUAAGAUUUUAAAUCCAAGCCUUGACAACCUGGGAUACCGAUACAGCAAAGUAAUGCGGGUAGAUACUUUCAAAUACAAUCUAAUGGCUGGUGCUGCUGCUAAAGUCUUCAUUAUGAACAGUGCCAAUACAAUGUUCCCAGUUUUCAUUCUCGCUAAAUUCCGAGAGUACACGUCUUUAGUAGAGAAUGACGACAUAGAGAUUGGAAUAAGGGGAGAAGGAAUAGAAGAAUUUCUUAGAAAACAAAACAUUCAGUUUGCUAAUUUCCCCAUGCGCAAGAAAAUCUCACAAAUUGUGAAAUCCCUGCUGGGAUUUAAGGGGCUGCCUUCUCAAGUGCCUCUGAUAUCCGGCUAUAUCAAACUUUUUGGCCAAGAAAUUGCCUUCACUGAACUCAAUAAAGAAGUCAUUCAAAAUACUAUCCAGGCACUGAAUCAGCCAGCAGAGAGACACACUAUGAUUAGAAAUGUGCUGAACAAGCUUCUCAAUGGAGUAGUAGGACAAUAUGCCCGACGGUGGAUGACUUGGGAGUAUCGACACAUCAUUCCAACGACUGUAGGUUUGCCAGCUGAGCUCAGUUUAUACCAGUCCGCCAUUGUCCAUGCAGCUGUCAACAGUGAUGUAAAGGUUAAACCUACCCCAUCAGGAGAUUUUAGUGCAGCUCAACUAUUAGAGUCCCAAAUCCAAUUAAAUGGAGAGGUGAAGCCUAGUGUUCUAGUUCAUACAGUGGCUACAAUGGGAAUAAACAGUCCCCUAUUCCAGGCAGGAAUUGAAUUCCAUGGCAAAGUGCAUGCACAUCUACCAGCUAAGUUCACUGCCUUUCUGGAUAUGAAAGACAGAAACUUUAAAAUAGAAACGCCUCCAUUUCAACAAGAAAACCACCUGGUUGAAAUUAGAGCACAGACCUUUGCUUUUACAAGAAAUAUAGCGGAUCUGGAUUCUGCAAGGAAGACUCUUGUGGUGCCCAGAAAUAAUGAACAAAACAUUCUGAAAAAACACUUUGAAACGACUGGAAGAACUUCAGCAGAAGGAGCUAGUAUGAUGGAGGACUCUUCAGAAAUGGGACCCAAGAAGUAUUCUGCAGAACCUGGACAUCACCAAUAUGCACCUAAUAUCAACUCAUACGAUGCCUGCACUAAAUUCUCUAAAGCUGGAGUCCAUUUAUGCAUCCAGUGCAAAACCCACAAUGCUGCAUCUCGCAGAAAUACCAUCUUUUACCAAGCUGUUGGGGAGCAUGAUUUUAAACUUACAAUGAAGCCAGCUCACACUGAAGGAGCAAUUGAAAAACUACAGUUGGAAAUAACAGCUGGGCCAAAAGCAGCUUCAAAAAUAAUGGGCUUGGUAGAAGUUGAAGGAACAGAAGGUGAACCGAUGGAUGAAACUGCAGUUACAAAGAGGCUAAAGAUGAUUCUUGGAAUAGAUGAAAGUAGAAAGGACACAAAUGAGACUGCACUUUAUCGCUCAAAACAAAAGAAAAAAAACAAAAUACACAACAGACGACUUGAUGCUGAAGUUGUAGAAGCUAGAAAGCAACAAUCGUCAUUAUCUAGUUCUUCAUCAUCUUCUUCAUCAUCUUCAUCCUCUUCUUCGUCUUCUUCAUCAUCUUCAUCCUCAUCUUCCCCAUCAUCCUCCUCGUCCUCUUCAUACAGUAAAAGAUCUAAAAGGAGAGAGCAUAAUCCUCAUCAUCAGAGGGAGUCCAGUAGCAGUAGCAGUCAGGAGCAGAACAAAAAAAGGAAUUUGCAGGAGAAUAGAAAGCAUGGCCAAAAGGGAAUGAGUAGCAGCAGUAGCAGUAGCAGCAGCAGUAGCAGCAGUAGUAGCAGCAGCAGUAGCAGCAGCAGCAGUAGCAGCAGUAGCAGUGAGGAAAAUAGACCCCACAAGAAUAGACAGCAUGAUAAUAAACAAGCAAAAAUGCAGUCUAAUCAGCAUCAACAGAAGAAGAACAAAUUUUCUGAAAGCAGCAGCAGUAGUAGCAGUAGCAGCAGCAGUGAAAUGUGGAACAAGAAGAAGCAUCAUCGAAACUUCUAUGACCUCAAUUUCAGGAGAACAGCAAGGACAAAAGGUACUGAACACAGAGGGUCACGUUUGUCAUCUUCUUCAGAAAGUUCUUCAUCAAGCAGUGAAAGUGCUUACAGGCACAAAGCAAAAUUCUUGGGUGACAAAGAGCCCCCAGUGCUGGUAGUUACUUUUAAGGCUGUGCGGAAUGAUAACACCAAGCAAGGAUACCAGAUGGUUGUCUAUCAGGAGUACCAUUCUUCUAAGCAACAAAUUCAGGCUUAUGUUAUGGACAUAUCCAAAACUAGAUGGGCAGCUUGUUUUGAUGCUGUUGUAGUUAACCCACAUGAAGCUCAGGCAAGUCUUAAAUGGGGCCAGAAUUGCCAAGAUUACAAGAUCAAUAUGAAGGCUGAAACUGGUAAUUUUGGAAAUCAACCAGCACUGAGGGUGACUGCUAACUGGCCUAAAAUUCCAUCCAAAUGGAAGUCAACUGGCAAAGUGGUUGGUGAAUAUGUCCCUGGAGCAAUGUAUAUGAUGGGAUUCCAAGGUGAAUACAAAAGGAACUCUCAACGUCAAGUGAAACUUGUCUUUGCCCUAUCUUCACCCAGAACAUGUGACGUUGUAAUCCGCAUACCCAGGCUUACAGUGUACUAUAGGGCCUUGAGACUUCCAGUGCCAAUUCCUGUCGGACACCAUGCAAAAGAAAAUGUAUUACAGACCCCAACAUGGAAUAUAUUUGCUGAAGCUCCCAAAUUAAUAAUGGACUCCAUACAAGGUGAAUGCAAAGUAGCCCAAGAUCAAAUCACAACCUUCAAUGGUGUAGAUUUGGCUUCUGCUUUGCCUGAAAACUGCUACAAUGUCCUGGCCCAAGACUGCAGCCCUGAGAUGAAAUUUAUGGUUUUGAUGAGAAACUCAAAAGAGUCUCCUAAUCACAAAGAUAUUAAUGUCAAGCUUGGCGAAUAUGAUAUAGAUAUGUACUACUCAGCUGACGCCUUUAAGAUGAAGAUCAACAACUUAGAAGUAUCAGAAGAACAUCUCCCAUACAAAUCAUUUAACUAUCCUACUGUUGAGAUUAAGAAGAAAGGCAAUGGCGUGUCAUUAUCUGCAUCGGAAUAUGGCAUUGAUUCACUUGACUAUGAUGGACUGACAUUCAAGUUCAGACCAACAAUAUGGAUGAAAGGCAAGACUUGUGGAAUCUGUGGACACAAUGAUGAUGAAAGUGAAAAAGAACUUCAGAUGCCAGAUGGUUCUGUGGCCAAAGAUCAAAUGAGAUUUAUUCAUUCAUGGAUUCUUCCUGCAGAGUCCUGCUCUGAAGGUUGCAACCUCAAACACACUCUUGUGAAACUUGAGAAAGCAAUUGCAACUGAUGGAGCAAAGGCCAAGUGCUAUUCAGUUCAGCCUGUUUUGCGUUGUGCCAAAGGAUGCUCUCCAGUUAAGACUGUUGAAGUGUCUACUGGUUUCCACUGUCUGCCCUCUGACGUAUCUCUGGAUCUUCCUGAAGGACAAAUAAGACUGGAAAAGUCUGAAGAUUUCUCUGAAAAGGUUGAAGCCCACACCGCUUGUUCAUGUGAGACAUCUCCAUGUGCAGCAUAG